GUUCCGGUGCCCGCGCCGUGGAGCGCCGGCUCCGGGCAAUGCCUCGCGCAGCCCUCGCUGCUGCCCACCCUGGGUCCGCGGGCGUCGGGGGAGCUCCCGCAGCCGCCCCGCUCGGCGCCGGCCGCCGCCUGUGCUCAGCUGCAGCUGCCCGACCGGCCCGGGAGCGCCGGGCAGGAGGACCUGGAGGAAGACGAUGCCUUCUGCAGCGUGCAGGUGCCGGCGACCGCCUUCUUGGGCUCCGGGACCCCCGGGAAUGCGAGCGGCAGUCGGGGCCGCCUCAACUCGUUCACUCAGGGAAUCCUGCCCAUCGCCUUCUCCAGGCAAGUCUCGCAGAACUACUGCGCCCUGGAGCAGCCCGGCCAGGGCGGCGGCGGCGCCAGCGCCUUGGAGCAGCUGCAGAGGUCCAGACGUCGCCUCAUCUCCCAGAGAUCAUCUUUGGAGACCCUGGAAGAUAUUGAGGAAAAUGCCCCUCUCCGGAGAUGUCGAACUCUCUCAGGUUCACCCAGACCAAAGAAUUUUAAGAAGAUUCAUUUCAUCAAGAACAUGCGGCAGCAUGAUACCAGGAAUGGCAGAAUAGUCCUUAUCAGUGGCAGAAGAUCCUUCUGUAGUAUAUUUUCCGUGCUGCCGUAUCGAGACAGUACCCACGCCGGAGACUUGAAGUUGGAUGGAGGGAGACAGUCGGCGGGGUCCAUGAGCUUGAAGGAGAUCAUUGGUCUUGAAGGUGUGGAGCUGGGUGCUAAUGGCAAGACAGUUUCUUAUACCCAGUUUCUGUUGCCCACAAAUGCCUUCGGAACCCGGAGAAAUACGAUAGACUCCACCUCUUCCUUCUCCCAGUUCCGGAACUUGAGCCACCGCAGUCUCUCCAUAGGCCGGGCCAGCAGCACCCAGGGGAGCCUUGAUGCAGGAAGUGACCUGGGAGAUUUUAUGGACUAUGACCCCAAUCUCCUGGAUGACCCCCAGUGGCCUUGUGGCAAGCACAAACGCGUUCUGAUCUUUCCUUCAUACAUGACCACAGUGAUUGACUAUGUGAAGCCCUCAGAUCUCAAGAAAGACAUGAAUGAGACCUUCAAAGAGAAGUUUCCUCACAUUAAGUUAACACUCAGCAAGAUAAGAAGUCUGAAACGAGAGAUGCGGAAGCUUGCCCAGGAAGACUGUGGCUUUGAGGAGCCCACGGUGGCCAUGGCCUUUGUCUACUUUGAGAAGCUUGCCCUCAAGGGAAAGCUGAACAAGCAGAACCGGAAGCUCUGUGCUGGAGCAUGUGUGCUGUUAGCAGCCAAGAUCGGAAGUGACCUCAAAAAGCAUGACGUCAAGCAUCUAAUUGAUAAACUGGAAGAGAAGUUCCGGCUGAACAGGCGAGAACUGAUUGCCUUUGAAUUCCCGGUGUUAGUGGCCUUGGAAUUUGCACUUCACUUGCCAGAGCACGAAGUCAUGCCCCACUACAGACGCCUGAUCCAGAACUCCUAGCACAGGCCCCAGGAGGGCCCAAGACCACUUCCUCCUAGUGCAGUGGAGCCAUGCUUACUGCUGGCAGUGCAGAAGUGGAGCACCUCUCCUCCGUGUGUGUUCAAGGAGAAGCAGGGCGAAAACUCCAGGGAGUCUUCAUUUGACUCCAGGAGGAGCUGGAGCUUAGAGCAAGUAGAGAGACAUGCGCUGGGGGUGAUGGAGACCCUCCCAGAUCCCCACUAGCAAGAACUCAGCUGUGCUAGGGUCUUCCUCCCAGGCACAUACAAACUUCACAGCGUGUCCCAGGGCCUUUACUGCACACUGGUUCUGACUGGUGUGAUAUGCUGGAAUAGAGGAGGGAACAGAAUCCAUAGGAUUGGGGAAGCUGUUAAAAGAUUGUUCUCCCUAUGUCAACAGAGUGUGCCAAUCUAUUUUUGUAUCCAUCGGAAGUGCACUUUCCCUGGGGCGUGUGAGUGUGCAAGUGUCGGAGGAGCACGUGGUUACACUUCACCCCCACCUUCUGUGGAGCCGACUUGCGUAAUAAUCACUCAGAUCCAGCUUGACAUCUCUGCUUGUAGAAAAUAACAGUUUACAGGACUGUACACCUCCACCUGGACAGAGAAGACAAUUGUCAGUGUAAGAUGAACCCUGACAGAGUGACACACUCUGAACUUCCUGCCAUCACCGCGGGCUUCAGUUUAACCCUCAUGUUCUCAUCUGUAGAUGUGGGGGCUACACUCCAUAGUGUGUAUUCCUGUGCUCUAUGUUAGAGUGCAUAAUGAGCGCAUUUAUUGUGCUAAAUUCUUAUAUGUGUGUGUUUGAGAAAAGUCUGCUCUGGGGGUUGGACCCAUGAUUGGUAUCUUGGGGCUUUUGCAGCUGUGGAUGCAUUGACUGAAGAGGCCAUGGGUCUUAGUACAGAAUUGUGACUCACCCUGAUGCCCUCUGGGACAACCUAUAUGGAGGUGUGUCACCAUGCUGUCACCUGGUACCUGCACAGGUGUAACCUUACUGAAGAAAGCUUCUGGCCAUGUAAAAAGAGAAUUAAAAUAUUUUGUUUUAUAUAUACAUAAAUGUGUGUGAACAUGUGAAUGUCAUAGCUACUGCAGCCCUCUGUGGCCAAUGUCCCUGCACCUAUCCCACCCCCACAUUUUGCAGAUUCUGGUGAGGUCACAGACAGAGUCAUUCAGAUUACUGGGAGAAAGGUGUAUACAGUUUCUUUAGCAGAGCUCAAAAGAUGCCCACAGUUCUAGAAGACAGAUGUUUGUUUUGUUUGGCUAGUUGGUUUGGGUUUUGAUUUUUUGUUUUAUUGUUUUUUUGUGUUUGUCUAUUGUUUUAGGGGGUUGAGACACAGUCU